GUCUACCGUCUCCUCUUCAGUUUUCUGCGGCCACGCUAAGCUCUCUUCUCCUCCUCCUCCUCCUCCUCCUCCUCCUCGUUACCUCACUGCCGUAAAUCUUCUGUGGGACGGCAAUCUGAGUUCUCUCUUCCUCUUCUUCCUCUGUUUCCAUCUCAGAUCUACUCUUCUUCUUCCUCAUCAAUUCAUCAAAACCUUUUGAGAAAUCGGCCUCAACUUCUGUCGAGCUCAGAAGCAUCUACUGUUCGUGUUCGUAGAUUAGCACUCAGUUAUCAGCGCCUGCUCUUUUUGCACUUCUCCAUAUCUGAGCUGUGAAUCUUGGCCCUGUUAUAGGAGCAGAGAGAGAUGGCAGAUCGCUUAACGCGUAUUGCUAUUGUGAGCCAAGACAGGUGCAAGCCCAAGAAAUGUCGCCAGGAAUGCAAGAAGAGUUGUCCUGUUGUCAAAACCGGGAAGCUAUGUAUUGAGGUUACUCCUGCGUCCAAGAUUGCCUUCAUAUCAGAGGAGUUGUGCAUCGGUUGUGGUAUCUGUGUCAAGAAAUGCCCUUUUGAAGCAAUUCAAAUCAUCAACCUGCCAAGAGAUUUGGAUAAAGAUACAACUCACCGCUAUGGCCCCAAUACCUUUAAGUUGCACAGAUUGCCAGUCCCUAGGCCUGGGCAAGUUCUUGGUUUGGUUGGAACCAAUGGCAUUGGGAAAUCUACCGCACUUAAAGUUUUAGCUGGAAAACUUAAACCAAAUUUGGGUCGUUUCAAUAACCCACCUGAUUGGCAGGAAAUCUUGACCUACUUUCGCGGAUCUGAGCUACAGAACUAUUUUACUCGCAUAUUGGAAGAUAAUUUGAAGUUUGAUGAACCUUCAAGUUAUCUUGAUGUCAAACAGAGGCUUAAAGCAGCACAAGUUAUUCGAUCUUUGCUGAGGCCUAAUAGCUAUGUAAUUGUCGUUGAGCAUGACCUUAGUGUGCUGGAUUAUUUGUCAGACUUCAUCUGCUGUUUGUAUGGUAAACCUGGUGCAUAUGGAGUUGUGACCCUUCCAUUUUCCGUGAGAGAAGGAAUUAAUAUAUUCUUAGCUGGCUUUGUGCCAACAGAAAACUUACGGUUCCGGGAUGAAUCUCUUACCUUCAAGGUUGCUGAGACUCCCCAGGAAACCUCUGAAGAAAUUGAGACAUAUGCGAGAUAUAGAUAUCCGACCAUGAGUAAAACUCAGGGAAAUUUUAAACUUAAAGUGAUUGAGGGUGAAUUUACUGAUUCCCAGAUAAUUGUAAUGCUGGGUGAGAAUGGAACAGGCAAGACAACAUUUAUCCGCAUGCUGGCGGGUUUAUUGAAACCUGAUACAGUAGAAGGUUCUGAUGUGGAGAUACCUGAGUUCAAUGUUUCUUACAAACCACAGAAGAUCAGUCCAAAGUUUCAGUCUACUGUUAGACACUUACUACACCAAAAAAUACGUGAUUCAUACAUGCAUCCUCAAUUUGUAUCAGAUGUGAUGAAGCCUCUUCUUAUUGAUCAAUUAAUGGAUCAGGAAGUUGUCAAUCUCUCUGGUGGAGAGUUGCAAAGAGUUGCAUUAGCUCUGUGCCUUGGAAAGCCGGCGGAUAUUUAUCUCAUUGAUGAACCAAGUGCUUAUCUUGAUUCCGAGCAACGUAUUGUUGCUUCUAAAGUCAUAAAGAGGUUUAUCCUUCAUGCAAAGAAAACCGCAUUUGUUGUUGAGCAUGAUUUUAUAAUGGCAACUUAUCUGGCAGAUAGAGUUAUUGUCUAUGAGGGAAAGCCAUCUGUUGAUUGUACAGCAAAUUCUCCUCAAUCAUUAUUGACUGGGAUGAAUCUCUUCCUAUCACAUCUGGACAUCACAUUCCGGCGGGAUCCAACUAAUUAUAGGCCACGGAUCAACAAAUUGGAUUCAACUAAGGACAGGGAGCAAAAAUCUGCUGGGUCGUAUUACUACCUGGACGAUUGAGUUGUGCAAAAUUAUAGGGUACCACUGCAAGGGUCUAUUAGAUUUGAAUGGUUGUAAUACUAGGAGGUAAAGGGAGAAAAAGCUCAGUGGCUGUGGUAUGUUGUUGAUAGAUGAGAAACCACGUCUGUCUGUUUGCUCGAAGGACAUUGCUGGCCAUCCAUGGAGGCUGCUACAGUAGAAUUCACUGAUAUGAUGCUUACUGUCUACCAGUUUUGGUUAUGACAAUAGGCAAGUCAAUCUGAACUCUAGUUGCAUAACAUCUCUGGUAUUUCAUUAGAUGAACGAAAUAGAAAAGAUUCAUACAAAGAAAAUAAGUUAUUGAGGACGAGCAUGCUUUUUUCUUUUGUUACGUUGUUUAUAUUACUGCUUCCUUGUGAGUUGCAAUUCCAUUGUGUCUGUGGCUAUCUUGUGUCUCCUCCUCUUGUUAGGGUUUCUCCAUGGAUUAAUAUCCACCUUUAGGCUUUAUUUUACUUGCGUUGAAUGAUUUUUGACACCCUACUCUGAUGACAUUCUGAAAUUUUAAUAUUUUAAUAAA